AUGGAGGCUCUUUCUGGUGUUGCUAGUGGCAUGGCUGUUGUCUCCCUAUCGAUACAGCUAAUUGAUUCCAUCGAUACCAUCAAGACCUUCGUUCGCAAAGUAAAAGAUGCACAACAAGAGCUGGAGCGUUUGGUGGACCUACUGGAGCGUCUUGAGGCCUUGCUGAAAGAUGUUCACAACUUGAUGAAACGGCAGACCUCGUUGCAGGCAGAACACUUUCCGAUACCCUCAAUGACAAUCUUCAAAUGUCUCGAGAGCUGUGAGAAGACACUUGAGCCGCUUCAUACGAUCAUCGAUAAAUAUGCGCCCGCAACAUCGAAAGGUGGUACCCGUAUGGAAAAACUCAAAACCGGAUUGAGGUUCAGCCUCAAGGCAAAGGAUGUUAAAGAUUUCGAAACACGAAUCGAGAGAGAAACCGUAUUUCUCCAUGCUAGCCUCGGUGCGAACUGCGGAGCCAUCUUGAUGCAACUUGGCCCUGCAUUACUCAAAAACCAAAACAACAGCGAAGCCACUCGUCCAACCCAUAUGGAAAUCUCCAUCCCGGACAGCGAAUCCGCGAUUGUAUCCCCUAAAGAGGAUAUGACCUCGUUGUCGACUGCGAGAACUACGCGUGUUUCAUCAUCAGUAAUACCAGUUCAUUGGUUACUCGGAAGACUAGGCGUACAUCGGCGGAAAAUCGUUCGACGCGUACCAGAAAACUUGGAUCAAAGGACAUCAAGCUAUGAAUAUGACCACGACUCCAUCGUUUCUGAAGACUACGAGACAACUUUUCUCUGGAGCGUACUCGGCUACGGACUGACGUGGAUCCAGCGCCGGUCAUUCGGUGUGGUUUUGCCGAGCCUCAACACGUUUCCGCUGGUUCACGGCUUUCCCAACGAACUCUAUGAUACCAUGAACAAUGGUGUCAACUUGGAGCAGUUUGUGAGUAAUCAGAUUGCAAAUCUUGGCCCGGAAGCCUUGCUCAGAGCCUGGCCUUUUGAUAAAAGAGUUGUAUUUCAAACUCUUGAAACAGGCGAAUGGGAGCUUGGCUUCGAGUGGGCAUUGGACGAAGAAGCAUGCGGUUAUCUGCUCAUCUCGGAGUAUCAGUCCUUGACUAUCGAAGAUGGAGACGAUGAUGGUCCCCGCUCCAUGGAAUGGCCGUUUUGCGAGCGCGAAUGGGGCCUGUUUAUUUCUGAAUGGAAUGAACGGAAAAGCAAGUGGUGCCUCCGCUACGAACGCCGCAGGGCUGCCAAAGCUCGCAAACAACGCGCACGAAAUGGCCAAAAGAUGCCAGGAGCAUGGGUAAACUGA